GAGGUGAAAGCGCUGUCGCCACUGACCACCGCCCGCCCGCUGCCCCGCCUGGCGCGCCAGGCCUCCUUCGACAGCCAGGACUUCCUCCAGGUCAAUGUUGAGGACACUGUCGAGAUGCUGCCCAAGUCACGGCGCGCGCUGACCAUCCAGGAGAUAGCCGCCCUGGCCCGCUCCUCGCUGCACGGCAUCUCGCAGGUGGUGAAGGAGCACGUGACAAAGCCGACGGCCAUGGCGCAGGGCCGUGUCGCCCACCUCAUCGAGUGGAAGGGCUGGUGCAAGCCGGUGGAGCCACCCACUGCCCUGGAAAAAAGCCACGGGGGGGGGGGCGAGCAGGAGGCACGCUUCGCUGCCGGUGUGGCGGAACAGUUUGCCAUCGCUGAGGCCAAGCUGCGAGCCUGGUCCUCAGUGGACGGGGACGACUCCAACGAUGAAUCU